AUGAAGACUGUUUACGAAGAAUUUGUAACAUAUAUGGAAACAACGGAUCAGGACACACCGCAUGGGCAACUAUGUCAGGAGGCUGAGCAACGACACGCGCCACGCCAAAUAACAGCAGGAGAUAGAGUCUUAUGCGAGUUGAUGUUGCGGGCGUUGCAUUUUAAGCAUAGGUCCCAUAUGUUCAGCGCAGGCCUAGGCGAAGGACGCACUAAGGUUGCAGACACCAUUAGUACCCCAGAAUAUAUGAGGUGUAUGAUAGUGAAUGUAUUUAUGAAUGAUAUAUUGGGCGAGGCGUGCCUGCAGACACACGGUGCCACGUACGCAUUUGACGCGGCGGAAGGUUUAUUAACAACCAGUGAGGGGGCCGGAGGGAAUGAAGCAUGUGACCGUGUAAACUUCGCCAAUACCCAAGUAGCCGGGGGUAAUUUAAGGGACGCCAUGAUAACAUGGUUGGGGCAAAAAAAGAUACAGUGGGGCGAUACACAAGCUGCAGGAAUAUUCAGCAGUAGGUGUAGCGCAUGGACGCACCAGGGAAAGGAUAACACGGGGCACAACAACCAGGCCGUGUACGCAGAAGAAAUAAAGGCGGAGGUUACAGGGCGCAUACGAAAUGUACAAGACAAUAUUGAUAAAAAUGAAGAUGAGAUAAAACAGAAUGUGCUGGAGAAGAUCAAGCAGAUGCAGUCCAGUACGAGCAGUACUGGACAUAUAACUCCCGCCGCUGCCGCGGCCACACCCGUUGCGACAACAGCUGCAGCUACGACCAAGGACAAAAACGCAGAAGGCACGAGUAAUCACAAGAAAGAAGACUCGUCCCAGGACACUCCAGGUGAGGAACAGUGCCAGGAAGGUAACUCCCAUACGAAAGCAUCAGGUACAGAGAAGCAUGCGAACUCGCUUGUCACUGUUGAAAGGGGUACGCACAAAUACGAAGGCCAGCAGCCUACAUGCGCCACGAUCAAGGAGUUGGAGCGCUUGCAAAAAUCCAUGGACGCUGGACACAAAUCCAAGGCUGAUCGGGAUGGCGAUGACGUCGUUGACGGCGGCAACGAUGACCCCCCUCCUCUCAAUCCACCCACAAAUCCACAACCGAACACGAACCGCGAUCAAUCCGGUAGUAGUGGCAGUUUCAGUGAUGCUGAUUUGGCGGACGGAGUUUCUGGUGGGGAACGAAAGGGAGCUGUUACUAUAGGUAGUCCCUCGCCCGUCAAAAAGGAAGACCACUGUACUAAGAGAGAUGGCGAACAUGAUUGUGAUCUCAAAUUAGCAGUACCAUUUGAACCUACCAUAAACCUCUCGGAUGGACACUUCGGAACAGGACCAACACCAGGUCCCACGGGGAACCCUCCGCACAAUGUGGAACACGGUGGCCGCUUCUUCCCUGACCUAACCGCCGACGUCUUUACCGCCACUGCUCCCGUCCUGUUUUUUCUCGCUGCCGUCACCGUGGCCCUUCUUGGUUAUUCCCUUUGGAAGUACUUUGCGUACCUCGCCAAGCGCCGACGAACGUAUCGAACCGUUCGUGACGUUCCGUCACCGCCACUAGACGAAGAAAUAUUGCAGCAUCUACAACGCCGCGAACUACCGCCACCCGAUUACGGGUACACGAUGAGUAGGGAUACGCGACCUGCAUCUGCUACCGAACGACGCGGACAACGCCCACCACGCGUGCAUAAACGCACGAUCAUCGAGCUACAUCUAGAAGUGCUCCACGAAUGUGAAGCGACCGCGUGGGAAAACGUCAAAGACGACUAUUUGCAGAUUGUAUUGCAGGAGUUUGCACAUGACUUGGAGCCGGAUGCACACGGGCACAGUAGUUCCACGGUGUGUGCUGCGAACCGGGAGUCAUCAACGGACGAUUCAUCAAACCACGAUUCGACAACCCGGGAUUCAUGUCCACCUAAUGACCCCGAUCCAUGGCGUUGCAUGGAAACCAUACAGUUAGCAACGGACCGUUCUCAACCUAACGAAGAUAACCCAUGGAGUUGUAUGGAAAACAUACAGUUCCCAACGGACCCUUGUCCACCGACCGAAGACGACCCAUGGAGUUGUAUGGAAACCAUACAGUUCGAAACGGACCCUUCUGCAUCUAACGAAGAUAACCCCGAUCCAUGGAAUUGUAUGGAAAACAUACAGUUAGCAACGGACCCUUGUGCACCGCAUGCACACGACCCCGAUCCAUGCACGUGUAUGCACACUAUACAGUUAGCAACGGACCCUUGUGCCCCUAAUGCAGACGACCCCGUUCCAGCCACACACACACCCACCUGUGCUGAUCCUAAACCCGAAAUCACACCACCACCAGGCUCCGGUAACGCAGUCACAGACACACACACCUGUGAUCAUCCUCAGCCCGACAUCACAGACAUACCCACGCACGACAUAGUCCCGGACAUACCCACAUGUGAGGAUCCUAAGCCCGAAAUCACAGACAUACCCACACGUGACACAGUCACGGACAUCCCCACACGUGCACCUCCUGCGUCCGCAAUCACACCACACACAGUCACACACGACACCAUCACGCACAUGCCCACAUGCGCAGACCCCGUCACGGACAUACCCACAUGUGAUGAUCCGAAGCCCGAAAUCACACAACACACACUCACAAGCGACACUGUCACGGACACACCCACAACCCUACACCCACUAUCCCAGUUCCUGCACCGGGACUGCACCAUUAAGUCCUGCACCCCAAACCCUGAACCACUAAACCCUGAACCCUCAAGACUAAACCCUGAACCUUCAAGACUAAACCCUGCACCCUCAAGACUACACCCUGAACCCUAA